AUGGUUCCAGUUAUAAUUCUCGCAGCGAUUGGCACUCUUGUGAGCCUAUGUGGAUCUAUUGCCGCUAGCAAAGACAGCUGUGUGCAGAUUGACUUUACUACCCAAGAAGAAGAGUUUGCUGACUUCAAUACGAUGAUCAGGUCACCGAAAACAAAAAAAUUUCUUACGUCCGUCGUCGGAAGCUAUGACCCUUUAGUACGUGAAAAUGUCGUCAUGGAUAACAUCAGUUAUGACUUCAUGGCCCAAUCGCUGACUCUCUGGCCCGUGAUCGAUUCGAUGAGAGUAACUGGCCUUAGUUCCAUACUCCCCCAUUUCAUUAAUGUCAACACAUCGAAUUCAGUCACUAUGGGUCUUGCAUCAUCAUCUCAAGUUACUGUGGAUGCUACCGUGAACGUGCAAGUUGAGCCAAUGGGUAUGUCUCUGACAGUUCACUUGCAAUGUGAUUUGGACCGACCGAAAAUGAUUCUCGGUGCUGAAGUGAACAUGCUAGCAUGCGCCACAGGGGUACCAGUUUCCCAGUGCUCAAACGUGACCGUUUCUAAUCUGCAGUCUCAGUUUGCCAAAGCGACCACGAAAAAGCAGUACGUCAGCCUGAUGAAAGAGGUGCUGAUGAAGUUUGAGAGUGCGUCCGUUACAGCGUUUCUACUUGACUUUCGAUCGAUUUCGGGUUUGACUGUAGAGUAUAGUAGCCCAGAUAUCAUGACUAAAUCACUCUUGCAUUUCCUUCCAAGCUUCACAGACGCCGUGAUUGAUAAGAAGAGCGACAUGUACCGCACGUGGAUGUCAAAACUGAGUGCCAGCGCUCCAGCAGUGUUGAACGCUAUGAUUAUUAAAUCGUUGGCGCCACUCUUUGGUGGAACAUGUCUCUCGGACGAUUAA